GCGGUUUCUGUUACCGCUCAGUAGUUGUCAGUUUGUUUGGCUUGUGCGCGACUAGUACUCUGAAACGUGUGUUGCACUGAAGCAUAUACACAGGCUAAGCGAUGGGAUCAUUCCACUUCAUGCUAGCUGCCCUGGCCGUCCUCGGAUGCGCCGUGGUUGCGUCUGCAGUUAUCUGCAAGACGGAUGCCGAUUGUUCUGGAGGUCAGCGCUGCGUUCUGCACUCCAACUUCUCGAGCAGAGCAAACUGUGAAACCGAUCAUCGCUGCAUCUCGGUUUCCUCAACCUCUUGCUCGUGUGACUCUGGCUUCCAAUGCCGACUGAAGGACUGCCCUUCAUCACCUUACGAAUGUCUUGUCCUGGAACAACAAAACACCAGAUGCGGCGGGCGAAAUGGUCCACAGUGUGGCCCGAACCAGGUGUGCGGAUACCAAAGGACCGGACUGGUGUGCAUCAAGUGCCCCUGCUAUGGUACCGACCGUGCUGUGUGCGUGGACAAGCAGCCCGGAGUCGACUGUGGUCCCAACAGCAUCGUCCAGGUGAACCACGACAACAGCUACGUGUGCAAGGCCUGCGCUUCCGCCACUUCCGUCCUCACUCAUUAGAGGAAGCAGUGACUUCACUUAACUCCUCAUUAUUUGAAGAACUGUAUAGAUUAGUCCAUGUCUCGGCUGUCUGGAGAAGUGUCCCUCGAAUAAAUCAACACCGACAUGUUGCACACGCC